GGCUCGCUACUCUUUCUGUUCAGUUUUUCCCUUCAAUUUAUUUGCUUUUUAUCGUUUCUCUUAAACCUUGAUUUAUACGAUCCAUUCCGUGAUUCUGGGUCAAACAUUCCAGUUCUUGCUUGGUUAUGUUGGCUAUGCCUAUAAAUCACGUAAUGUCAUUGACGUUUGUUAGGGAACAAAUUUAAGUUGAGGGUAGCUAUUUCUUUCGGUGUUUAUUCAUGAGAAGGAUUAAAAGAUCUUGUUUUUAUUGCCUCACGAGAUUCGUAGGAAGGUUUUUGUGAGAUUCCCACGCGUGUUCUUUUUGUUUGGUCAAAAGCGUUCUUUUUUUGAGGGAAUUGCUGAAAUGAAGGGACUUGCUUGAAUUGAAGCCAACCUGUUCUUUUAGCACCAAAAACAAGAAAUAUCCUUCGUUCAUAUUGUAUGUUGUUCUGUAAAUUGUGAUCCAAGAAUUUUUGUGUCGGCAGCUUGUCUCCUGCUGAUUUGUAUCAUACGAUUUAUGAUGCAAUGCACUGUGUUAGAGCAAUCCAACAGUUGAUAAAUUGAUAUGCUUUUGAUAGCUUCUUUAACAUUUUUCUUUUAAAUGUGAUUUACAGGUCAUCGACAAAAAUCUGGAUUAUUGGUGGGCUUUGGACGGGAGAGUUUAAGAUAGAUGGAGAAGAGGAGGGGAAGGAAGGUGAUGAAAGACAAGGAGGAGGUUGUUGAUGAUGAUCCUUGGUGGUGGUUGGUUCACAAGGGAAUUGCGGCCUCCUUCCUGUGCAUUGCUAUGUUUGCACUUUUAGUGAGAGUGGCUGUAUCACUCCAUCCUUAUUCUGGCGCAGGAAACCCUCCCAAGUACGGGGACUUUGAGGCACAGAGGCAUUGGAUGGAGAUCACACUUAAUAUGCCUGUCGAAGAAUGGUACCUUAACAGCACAACCAAUGAUCUCAGCUACUGGGGACUUGACUACCCUCCGCUUACCGCCUACCAGAGUUAUGUCCAUGGUCUAUUUAUCAGAUUCUUUCAUCCUGAAUCGGUUUCUCUCUUCACUUCUCGAGGCCAUGAAUCUUAUAUCGGAAAAAUUCUCAUGAGAUGGACAGUUCUAUCCUCUGAUGCACUGGUGUUCUUUCCUGCAGUCUUCUAUUUUGUUUUUGUAUACUAUAGUGGUCGCCCACAUGGCCAGAAAACUGACAUAGCAUGGCACAUUGCAAUUAUGUUACUGAGCCCAUGUCUGAUCUUAAUAGAUCAUGGUCAUUUUCAGUACAAUUGUAUUAGCUUGGGCCUUACUGUUGGAGCUGUUGCUGCUGUUCACUCUAACAAAGAGCUAGUAGCUUGUUUCUUGUUCAGUCUUGCUCUCAACCAUAAACAGGUUCUCCGUCGGCUUGCUCCUUUUGAGAGGGGCAUAUACGAGGAUUAUGUGGCUAACUUUUGGUGCACCACUUCAGUUUUUAUAAAGUGGAAGAGAAUGUUCACAACACAAUCGCUGAAGCUUCUCAGCCUUGGUGCUACUGUUUCUACUUGUUUGCCUUCAAUGCUUCAGCAGAUAUGGGCUCCAAGCAACCAGGGUUUCCUUUAUGGACUGCUGAACAGUGCAUUCUCAUUCUAUAUGUUCUCAUUCCAAGUGCAUGAGAAGUCAAUUUUGCUGCCUCUUCUGCCUGCAAGCCUUUUGGCACUGGAAGAGCCUUUUCUUCUUAAAUGGAUUACACUCCACGCCUUGUUCUCUAUGUUCCCUCUUCUAUGUCGUGACGGACUGAUUCUGCCAUACAUCGCACUAUCUGUUCUCUUCACCCUUGUUUACCACGCGCCAACUGGGAGACAAGACAGGAAGGAGGCACCUUCCUUCAAUUCGUUUGUGACAACUAUAAUUGUGCUGUGCUCAGUUGUUCUUCAUAUUGUUUACUUAACCAUGCACCCUCCACGUAGAUAUCCUUUCCUUUUUGAAGCUGUGAUUAUGCUUCUUUGCUUUUCACAGUUCAUGGUGCUUUGUUUUUACACUAACGCAAAGCAAUGGAUGUUGAAACGCUCCGUUUUUGUGGAUAAAGAAAAGAAGCUUCUUUGACCUUUCUUUCAAAA